UUUUUCGAUAAAUAUGGAUAAAAAGAGGAAUUCAAUUAGGAAUGCUUCAAAUAAUGUCCUUGGAAUGUCAGAGCAGUCCUCAAGAACUGGUUCUAUUUCAAUGAACUGUAACUUAUUGAGAGUGCAAAAAUGAUGAAUCCAGAGAAAUCAAAGUCUGAAGCAUUGACUCCAAACUUUAUUCGUAAAAAUACAAACUUUCUGAGUGCUACAAAAGGUCCUUCUAUGAACACAAACGAGACCACUAGUGGAUUAACGCACAAACAUCGGUCAGCAAGAGAAGAAGAGAACCCUUACUGCCCAACAGGGAAGAGGCUAAGCAUGUACUCAAAUAUGAAUGUUGUUAAGCCAAAGAAGUCUGCUGCUAUUUUCGAUAUGAAGCAAAUAGAGGAAGCUAAAUAAAUUAUCUCUUAAAAGCAUAAAUGAAAAUAGUAGUAAAUCAGAUAGUUGGACUGGCUCAGAGAGUCAGAUGUCAAAAAGUAAAUUGCUAUUUAUCUUAUUUUGGCAAUUUAAAUACUUUUCACUUAGUUUUUAUUGAAAAUUUAGGAAACAACAAAUCAAAAGGCACUAUUUUAAAUUAUGAGAAAGAAGUCAUAUUUGAGUCUAAUGAAUCAAGUAGUGAAGAUGACAGAGAGGAUAAGAUUCAAGGAGAUAACAAGAAGAAUCUUUCAAUGAUGAAAAAUGAAAUAUCAUGGAUCUCUGAUACCUCUAGCAUUAGUGUUAAAAAGUCUUUGGUGGGCAAGAUUCCCAAUUUAGUACAAGAAGUUGGACCAAACCUGGAAAUAAUAAAAGAAAAAUCUAAGAAACCUCUACAUUCAAGAAAUAAUGAAUAUCUUGCUUCCGAAGAGGCAAUUUUCACAGAUUCUUAUGCUGAGACAUCAAGGCACUCUUUUAAAUCAAGCUUAACUGGUUCUACUAAAGAUCUAUUCAGCUCUUCUAAUAAAGGAAAAGAUACAAAGUUUACGAGAUUCCAAAGAGCAUGAGAAAGAUUGCUAGACAAAAUCUCAAUCCAAAUAUUCCUCACAAUAAUGACUCUAAUAGCACUUUAUGGAGACGAUCUGAGGUUCCAGUUCAACGACGACCUCGUAUUUGAUACACUUUUGCUACUAUGUUUUUGAGUAUUUCUCUGAGAACUUCUAUUUAGCUUAAUAGGCAUUAAAGGCUACUUAUUCAGCUUCUUCUUUUGGCUUGAUCUCAUCUCUUUAAUUUCACUGCUGACAGAUAUUUACUUCUUACUUGAACUACUUAACAUUGAUGAUCAAAUCCUGGGAAUAGCUACUGAUGCAACAGAAGUGGCUAGAGCUGGAAGAGCUUCAAGAGCAGGAACUAGAGCUGGAAGAGUUUUAAGGCUUCUCAGAGUGAUUAAACUUGUACGGAUUGCCAAAUUAUACAAUAAUACACUCAAGACUAGCCAGUCGAUUGCAAAGAAAGGAAGCUUAUCUCAAUUUUUCUCAAGAAAGAAGAGUAAGAUCACUCCAGAAAGAGUACAUUCUGAGUCAAGUCUGGGUUCAUUUGAGUCAAAUUCUAUCAAAAGCUGGAAAUUUAUGACUAAAAUCUCUGAUGAUGACAAAGAUUCUGAAAAUAACAUCUCGAACAGAAAUAUUGACAGCAAUAUAAAACCUAAUAUCAAGUUAUCACAGAUCAAUGAUAUGAUCAGGCAAAUCCAAACCAAUAAAGCUCCUGAAGAAAUCAAUAAUGAUAAUAAAUCUGAAAAGAAAAGCCAAGAAUAUGAAGUGUCAAAUUCAUAUGAAAGCAAGAAAGAAUGACUUUCUCCAAGAGCCAAUAUGAAUUUAUCCGUGAAUUUUGAGGAGAAGAUCACUCCAGCGUUUGAAAAGUCGACUUCUUCAAAAUAAUAAAUUCUCCUUUGGAGCUCCUCAUGAAAAGUCAUCCUCCAAUGGAGCUCAUAUAUCAAAGCACAAUAAUGAAUAUAAGAAAUUAGAAUCCUUUGAUGACGAGAAUUUUUCUAAAUUAUCUUCCGAAGUCAGUGAUGAAUAUGAAGGAGAUAAAAGAGAAUUAAUAAACAUCCUCUUACAGAUAGAAGAUGAUCAGGAUAUUAUUCUUCCAAAAGAAUCAAGAGUUAGUAAAAUUUUAACUCAGAGGACUACUAGAAGAGUUAUCAUAAUAAUUCUUUGCUUGCUCUUAAUUCUGCCUCUAUUUGAUUUGGCAACAUUUUAUUCACCUAGUCCAGCUCAGCAGUAUGGUACUAAGGUAAUUCAGGCUUUCAAAGCUGAAAACUUGGAAUACUCUGCUGUAUUUAAUCAUUUGAUAUCACAUUCUAAUAAUAAGGAGUUCCACAUUACAAACCUUGAACUCUGGAAUACUUCUGUCUCGCCGAAAACGCUAUAUUUGGAUUAUAACAGAUCAAUCACUAAUCUAAGAAUCUUGGAGAAGAAUAUCAAAGAAGGCCCUGGGUAUAUCGUUGAAUUCUCAAUGAAAGAGGAAAUAAAAUUCAUUGCUCUUUUGAAAUUAUUCAAAACUACAUUUGUAAUCAUUUUACUUAUUGUAGGUGCACUUCUCUUCUCAUCUGAUGCUCAUAAAUAUGUUCUGAGACCUUUGGAAUCCUUAGUGACCAAAAUAAAUAAGUUAGCAAAUGAUCCUUUUAAAGCACUUAAAUUAAAUCUGAUGAAAAAUUUCUUCCAAGAAUUCGAUGGUGAAACAAAGAAAACCAAAGUAGGAUGCUGGGGAAGAUUUUGGAACGGUAAAGAGGAUGAAGUCUAUGAAACAGAGAUACUUGACAAUACUAUCAUUAAGAUUUGAUCCCUUCUUGUACUUGGGUUUGGUGAGGCAGGGUGAUCUGUGAUUUCAACUUUGCUGAAAGAGGAUUUAAAAGAGUCACAGUUCCAUGAUCCAAGCUUAUCCCUCUGCCAGAUAAAGGGAAAUAAGACUCUUGCUAUCUUCUCAUUUUGAGAUGUCAGAAAUUUUACAGAUGUUACUGAAAUCCUUGAGGAGAAGGUAAUGGGGUUUGUCAACUCCAUCGCUAAAAUCGUUUACUCGAUAUCUUGUGAAUAUCUUGGAUAUCCAAACAAAAAUAUUGGAGAUGCCUUCCUCCUGGUAUUUAAGAUCCAAGAAUCAGAGAUCAUUAAGGACGAAGAUGGCAAUCUUAGUGUUGAUAAUUGAAAUCCAAAGAUCAAUAAUACUGCAGAAUUUGUUAUAAUUUCAGUCUUGAAGAUAAUCUACAGACUGAAUACAGAGGCAAGUAUCAGCAAGUAUAACAACUCUAAGAGGAUAAACAGGAAAAUCCCAAAUUAUAAGAUAAGACUAGGUUUCGGAAUACACUUUGGAUGGGCUAUCGAAGGAGCUAUUGGGUCUCAAUUCAAAAUUGAUGCAACUUAUCUUAGCCCUCAUGUAAAUUUAGCAAUGCAUCUGGAAAGUAUUACAAAGACAUAUGGGUGACCAGUUCUUCUUACUGGCAGUAUGUACAAUAUUUUAUCUAGUGAUGGCAAACAGCUAUGAAGAGGAAUUGACCAACUGUACGAUAGAAAGACAAAAACUGUUGUCAGGCUUUUCUGAAUUGAUAUCUCAGAAGGAAAUGAAACUCACAAUGGAAUGACAAAUACAAAAAUGUCAGGCACUCAUAGGAAAAAUCUAUUCUUUAAGAAGAUUAUUGAGAGGCAACUAAAUAUUGAGAAGAUUAGUGAUUCUAAUUACAGAGCAAGUAAUAUGUUUGAUUUUGAUCAAGAAAUAUCUUUUGUCAGAUUCUCUUGUAAAAUAAGUAGAAAAGCUCUCAGAUUAUAUAAGAAAGGACUAAAAUAUUAUAUCAAAGGAAAAUGGCAACAUUCAAAGUUCCUUUUAAGUCAAGUGUUGAAUCAUCAGAUAGAUGAUGGUCCUUCUCAAGCUCUUCUAAAAUUUAUGUCUUUAUCAAAUUUCGUUGCACCGAAGGAAUGGAGAGGAUGUAGAGACAUAAAGAUUUAA